AUUGACAGCGCUGAAGCCGAGAGUGGUCCAUUCCUCCAUGGCGGUCUCAAAGGCGUGACGAGCAGCCUUGACUCCUGCUUGUCGCUCGUCGGGAGUGAGGUCGCUGGAAGACGUAUAGAUGAGGACCUGCAUCGGCGUUGGAGUGGGGCAGACAGCGAUCCGAGAUAGUCAGAGGAAGAGUCGAAUCCUCCACACCAAAGAUGAGGUGAAUCUCACUCACUUUCAUGUGCUGCAUCUUGAUGACCUCGAGCAACUCAUGCCUUCGAUGUCCGACAUUGUUCUCGGACCCACCUCGGCGGAAAGGUGGUCUAGGGUUGUUGUACUGACGAGGACUGCCUCGGAAGCCACCUCGUCCUCGUCCUCGACCGCGAGGGUUGGUGCCCCUGGCAUUUCCGUUGGCUUCCUUGUUGGCGCUCACUUCGUUGGCGUCUGCGCCGGCACUUUCGGCUGCGGUGGAGGUGGUGGAGGCUUCUUGCUUACGCUUACCUGAGGUGCUCCCUCUGCCUCGUCGUUGCUCUUGUGUCCGUCCAUGUGUGGGUAUAGCUGAGUGCGAGGAGUGGAAGUGACAGUGUAAGACGGAAGGAAGAACUCUGCUAGGGCGGAGGGAAGUCAAUGAAUGGUACUGGACGAACGUCAAGAGAUGUGAUACACUCUCUCCAAUCAACGAGUUGCUCAGUGCGCGGUGGACAAGAACCGUUCAU